CUUUAGAGUUGCAUAAAAUGUGUAUGAAAGCACAAGCACAAGCAAAGUACACAAAGUAACACAAUUUGUAGCUAGCUACCAGUUGCACACAACACAAGAUAUGGAUCUCAACUUCUCACUUUGCUUUGCUGUUCUACUAUUCUCCAUAGCUUCUGCUCAAGAUCGUAGCUGGCCUGCAUCAAGUACUCCUGAUAAUAGUCCCCUACUCUACACUAUGCAACCAACUAGCCAGUAUUCUUGCAACCCGUACAUUGAUGGACCUAAGCAACUAAUCUGUGCCCUCUACCAGCAAGGAGGUCUGUCCAAUCACACCAUCCGCUGGUUUAGAAGCUCUAACAACUCUGAAAUAGAGAUGAUAAGGGAAACUAAUUCAAUGAGGAAUGAAGAAUAUUUCAUCUCAGGACUUUCACUAAAAGAUUUAAUAGAAGCAGAAGGUCCGAGUGAUUAUUGGUGUCAGGCAGGAGUCUACGGAGAGGUUAAUUCGACCUACGAACCCAGUGCAGUGUUUACAGUGCUACCCCGUGAUGCAUACGAUGAUUACCCUCCUUGCAUAGGACUGUCUAUGUCUCAACAAGUAACCAUGUUUGCUGACAAUGGAUCGCUUCUUACGCCUGUGGGCAUCAUCGACACACCCACCAUAGCCACAACGGCUACAACGGUGGACCCCUCUCCCUCAAGUGAGCAGGAUCUCACACCGGUCUUGAUAGUGGGCGUAGCCGUUUCCUCAUUCUUUGUUGCCCUUCUCUUCUUGAUCAUCUGUAUAUUCUGCUGUAUAUUCUGCUGCAUUCUAAGAUCAAAGAAAAAGCUAUCAACUGAAAUUGACAGUACAAACGAACCCUUGCAAUCGCUGACGGCCGUUGAUAUCCAUGGCAACGAACCUAUCACCCCCCCUCAGGAAAUGGAAAACUCAGCUGGUUACAUUGACGUUGGUGCCAAGGGAAUUUUCCCCCUAGCUAAUAGUACGGACUUCAAUCAUCUUCAAGACAACGCACCAGAGAUUUUUUAUCACGCCAUUGAUGCUGACGGAAUGGACACAAAUGACUAUACAGAUCUCCGAAAACCACCUCCUAUUUCUCCAAAACCUGUUGGAGUCAAAUCUCUAUCACAGCAACCAUUUGCAGUAAAAAGAAUUGGUGAUGGCAAGACAUCGAAAGAACGCAGGAAACCGCUACCACUACCAAAGAAUAAAGAUAAAAAUAGAGCUCCUGCUCUUGAGGAUGAAUUGCCGCUUCAAUCUCAAAGAAUUGAGCAACCUUAUGAACAAGAGUAUCAGGCGCUCAGUUCGAGCACUAAGAAUCGUGUUGAAGUGUACUCAUGCCCAGCUGAGGUAUCUGCCAGCUCUGAGAGCGUUGUGUAUGCUAACUAAAAAUCGUUUAAUCAUAGCAUUUUUUACUGUUG